AUGGGUGCUCGCAGCCCACUGGAUGUAGCGCCUUUGCUCUGCCCGUUACCUCCUUUCCCGCUGCUGCUGCAUUCGCUGCUGCUGCUGCUGCUGCUGCUGCUGCUGCUGCUGCAGCCUUCCGAGUCGCUGCAGCGCAGCAGCAAACCCUACCAGGGGCCCCCCAAUGCCCCCAGUUUCCUCUUUUUUUCAAAAGAUUCUUUUGGCCCUCUCCAGGCCCGCAGCAGCAGCAAAAGGGCUGCUGGGGGGCCCCCCGGGGGGCCCCUCUGGAGGCCCCAGGAAGCUCCUGUGGGGCCCCCUGGGGGGCCCCCUGGGGGGCCCCCUGGGGGCCCCCAAAGCAGCUCCCUGAGGCUCUUUCCAGCCCUUUCCACAAGCUCCGCGAAAACAGCAAGUGCAGCAGCAGCAGCAGCAGCAGCAGCAGCAGAAGCAGCAGCAGCAAAUGCACUUGCUGCUGUCCGCUGCCCCUCAGAUGGGUUCUCCUAUUUGCUGCCUGUCCUACAAGACAUUGCCAAAGCUGUAGGGUCCCCCUCAAGGGGCCCCCCAGGGGGCCCCCCUGGGGGCCCCUCUGGGGGCCCCCCCCGGGGCCCCCUUGGGGGCCCCUGUGGGGCCCCUUCUGGGGGCCCCCAGGGUUUGUCUAAUGCUGGGGGGCCCCCUGGAGGCGGCGCGCUGGAGAGGCCCCCAGGGGGCCCCCUUGGGGGCCCCCCGGGGGGCCCCCAGGGGGGGCCCCCUGGGGGGCCCCCUGGGGGGCCCCAGGAGGGGCCCCCUGGGGGGCCCCCGGGGGGGCCCCCGGGGGGGCCCCUGGGGGGCCCCCCUGACUUGCAUGCACUGGGUGGUUUGGUAGAUGUUUGGGGCUUUGCUGCGAAGCAAAAGAAAUAUCUUUUGUCACUUUUGUCGGAGUUUGAUUCUGCUGCUGAAGCAGAAGAAGCAGCAGUUGCGAAAGAAGAAAUAAAAGAGUUGGAGGAUAAAAUGGAAAUACUCCAAAGCCAGAUUGUUGAAGAGUGUUUGUUUGGGGGAGAAGAAGCUGCUGCUGCUGACACUGCUGUGGUGGAAAUGCUGCGGCUCUACUGCGAACACAUGGGCUGGAGGGUCAAGGAGGGGGGCCCCCUAGCAGCAACUGUUAGGGGCCCCCGCUGCUUCUGUUAUUUGCUGCUGGAGUCUGGGGUCCACAGAGUGCAGCGAGUGCCCCGCACAGAAGCCCAACCAGACCAAGAAGUUGUGAUAGACGAGCGGGAGCUGCUGGUGCGCACGGCGAGGUCUUCGGGGGCUGGAGGUCAAAACGUGAAUAAGGUCGAAACUGCUGUAGACCUGCUGCACAUCCCCUCCGGCAUUCGCGUCUUUUCGCAGCAAGAAAGGACUCAGGCUCAAAACAAGAAAGUGCUGCAGGGCCAAAGACACCAAAAGAUCCGCAGCUAUAAUGCCAAAGCUGGCAGAGUUAAUGACCACAGGCUGGGGGCCCCCCGCAGCUUUUCUUACAAGCAGCUGCUGCUGCAGGGGCAGCUGCAGGAGCUGCACUUGCUGCUGCUGCUGCAGCACGCCAGACACAGGCUGCAGCAGCACCUGCUGCUCCUCACCCAGCAGCAGCAGCAGCAGCAGCAGCAGCAGCAGCAGCCCACGCAGAGUCCGGCUAGCUCUGCCGCUGCUGCGCAGCUCUCGCAAACAUAG